AGUGCAGAGACAUCCUUCAGUACUUCCUACAUCACCGUGAUCCGUUGAGGGCACCCGCCGCUCGCGGGCUCAUUGCUAGUUAACCGUCCAGCACAGCCGCAUAAUAACUCCCGGGGAGAGGGACGAGGGAUCGGUUGUUGCGCUCCGCGAACCGGCUAGAGGUGGUGAUUCAGUUCUGUGCGUUAUGGUGACACCAAGGACGAAUAGCAGUCAGGCAGCAUCUCCUGUCGCGCAGUCAGCCUUGCGCUUAUAGACCCAACGAGAUAAAUGGGGAGCGGACUGCACCAAACAGUGUCCGGCACCGAUAGCGCCACUCCACAUUGACCAAAAUAACUGGACAUUAGGCACUGGACGGAACCCGUCAUGUACUAAAGAAAGUAUAUUACACCAGUAGCUGUUAAGAGACUGGAACAGGAUUUUGAAGAAGCGGUUUUUUGUUCAGCAUGAGCGGUGGAGGAGAAAUCAUCUUCCAAGGCUGGCUGAGAAAAUCGCCACCGGAGAAGAAACUGAGGAGAUAUGGGUGGAAAAAGCGUUGGUUCAUCCUGCGUAGUGGUCGCAUGUCUGGCGACCCUGAUGUCCUGGAGUACUAUAAGAACGACCACUCCAAGAAGCCCAUCCGGGUCAUCGACCUGCAUUGCUGUGAGCAGGUGGACGCUGGGCUGACCUUCAAGAGGAAGGAGUUUCAGGAUAGCUUUGUGUUCGACAUCAAGACGUCAGAGCGCACCUUUUACCUGGUGGCAGAGACAGAGGAGGAGAUGAACAAGUGGGUCCGCUCCAUCUGUCAGCUAUGUGGCUUCAACCAGUCAGAGCAGAACAACCACGACGGCCGGUCCUCUACAGUCCAUAUGGGUCGUUCCCUGGCAGUAGACCUGUCCAGUUCCCUGACCCCUCUGACCAGAGAGCGUAAGUCGUCCGCCCCAGUCCACUCUUCCCAGCCCGUCCUGUUCACCUUCGACGUCCCGGUCACACGGUCGGGUAACCACGACAACCACGGUGGCUCCCUGUCCAACAGCGCUCCGCAGGACUACCUUCUACUGCAUCAGUGCAUGAGCAGGAAGACUGAGAGCGCACGGAGUGCCAGUUUAUCCCAGGUACAGCACAGUAGUAAUCUGUUUGUGGGCAGUGACUCAGCCGUGCAGAAGAUCUCCCAUGGCUUCUCCCACUGUCUGAACGGAAUGGGUGCCCACCUGCAUGGCUUCUACAGCCUGCCCAAGCCUGGCAAGCACCAACAGGCCUCCACGUCCGGGUCCUCCACGCGGCCAGACUCCCCCCAGGAGGCCUGCUACGUGCUGCCCAGGGGGUACAGCUCUGAGGGGCCUACCCUGGGUCAUAGCCUCCUGGGGCUGGGAGAUCUGGAUGACCAGGAGAAUGAGGAGCUGUACACCUUCAAGACGCCUUGCAAUACCCUGGCCACCGGCAACGACCGUAACCACAGUAACGACCGACACAGCAAUGACCGUAACCACAGCAACGAGCGUAGCAACGACCGGCAGACUGACAACUACGACCUCCCGACCCCGCCCGGAUCCUUCUACCAGAUACCCCGGACGUUCGAUAAGAACCACAACGUGACGCCGUCCGGCUCUGAGUCAUCCAGUGGACCCCCUCCACGGCCCCCAAAGCCCAGCCAGGGGUCAGAGAGCGGGAGGUGGGGUAGUCCGGGGUCACUGGGGGGGCAGAACAGGCAGAAUGGAGAUGUGACCACGACUGUUUCGGUUAUACCCAGGAGGAACACACUGCCUGCCGUGGAGAACAGCAGGUUACAUAGAGGGUGUUCAUUUGAGACCAACAGCCAUCACCGUCCGAUCUAUUUCAACAACCAAGGACAGUCUGUGGAGUCUGUCAACGACGGCUUCAGCUCUUACCUGAGAACCAAGGACCCUCUGACACGUUCGGACAGCGGUGACUCAGAGGACAACUAUGUGCCUAUGAACCCAGGCUCGUCUCCCCUCAAAGCCGCCCAGGUGGACAGCCCCAAAAACAUUUACAUCCCCAUGAGCCCCGGGCCGCACCACUUUGACUUCCCAGGGUUCUCAGCCACGGUACCCGCCCGAAAGGGAAGUACCGCCUCACUGUGUCACCGACCGGGGAGGCUGAGUGACGUCACGCCACCACCUAUCAACCGCAACCUCAAACCCAACAGGAAACUCAAGCCGACGCCUCUGGAUCUGAGGACCAAUGGCAUCAUUGAUGAGCUCCCUUUUAAGAGUCCAAUCACCAUGUCCUGGACCCGACCCAUGCCUAUGAACUCAGGUGGCAUGUCCUCCCAGCACUGCAGACCCAUCUCCACCCAGAGUAUCACCAGCACUGACUCAGCAGACAGCGAGGAGAACUACGUGGCCAUGCAGAACCCAGCGUCUACCUCCCCAGCAGUGAGUGGUACCAGCAGCCCCGCCCCUAGGAAGUGUGGCAACGUGGACUACCUGGCUCUGGACUUCCAGCCGGGCUCCCCCAGUCCACACAGAAAGCCCUCUACAUCCUCUGUGACAUCUGAUGAGAAGGUGGACUAUGUCCAGGUGGACAAGGAGAAGACGCAGGCCCUCCAGAACACCAUGCAGGAGUGGACGGACGUCCGACAGUCCACCGACCCCGCCCCCAAGACCGUGAAGUCCUGACAGUUACCAUGAGAAAGACACAGCACUCCGACCUUACCUUAUGUCAAGACAAGCAUCUCCUAAAGGAUUUCACACUGUUACUGACAGAAGUCUGUUUGAGGAGUGAAGG